AUGAAACAUAAAAAGCAAUCCACAUCUAAGUGCAAUACGAACAAAUUACCAAAACAAAAUAUCAUACAAAAAAGAAGUAUAUCUAACACUGCGAAUAACAUUGAUGAGUCAACAGACAAAGAUAUGCUGGAAAUCUCGAAUGAUACUGCAUCUAGGUGCAAUACGAACAAAUUACCAAAACAAAAUAUCAUACAAAAAGGAAAUACAUCUAACACUGCGAAUGACAUUGAUGAGUCAACAGACAAAGAUAUGCUGGAAAUCUCGAAUGAUACUGCAUCUAGGUGCAAUACGAACAAAUUACCAAAACAAAAUAUCAUACAGAAAGGAAAUACAUCUAACACUGCGAAUAACAUUGAUGAGUCAACAGACAAAGAUACACUGAAAAUCUCGAAUAAUGCUGGAAAUAACAUUGAAAUAACAGACAAAAAUACGCUGGAAAUUUCGAAUAAUGCUGCAAAUAACAUUGAAAUAACAGACAAAAAUACGCUGGAAAUUUCGAAUAAUGCUGCAAAUAACAUUGAAAUAACAGACAAAAAUACGCUGGAAAUUUCGAAUAAUGCUGCAAAUAACAUUGAAAUAACAGACAAAAAUACGCUGGAAAUUUCGAAUGAUGCUGCAAAUAAUAUUGAGAUAACAGACAAAAAUACGCUGGAAAUUUCGAAUAAUGCUGAUUUUCAACAAUCAUCUAUAAAUUUGGAUCUUCUUAAUAAUUCUGAUAAUAAUGGGAAUAUUCUAUUACCGUUUGAUUUACAAACAGAACAAGAAACGCUCGAGCCUCAAGCCAUAUAUAAUGUAAAUUUUAAUAAUAAUUUGAUAAUAGAUAAUAGUGAAGAUGUGUAA